CCCCACCCUCUCCUCUACCUUUCUUGUUCAGAUGGCGUCAUUAUCUGGUGUUACUCCAAAUAGUCACCCUAAUAUUGCAGGCCGAAGGGUUGAUCGAGUUGACACAUCGCCUGAUUGAUCCCAAAAGCACAUUGGUUCUGGAUAAAGUCGUUUAGAUCAUAGCAAGCUCAACACGCACAUCUAAACAAAGAAACGUCCUCGCCGGACCGGUCAGGCUUCGCCAUGUCCACCAAGGAGAGAAAGCCGCACCACAUCGAGAUCUUAGAGGAUGGCAACCAUCGCCAUCUCAUCGAACCCGAGAAGCCCGCUGGUCUCUUCGAGAAGUUGUGCAACACAUUCACCCAUCACACCCCUCGCCAGACUCCGAGCGAUCCAGCAAUCUCACGAUCCACAACUUCCGAGGGGGACGACAAGCCGGAACCAUUCUCCCACCGGUAUGGGAAAUGCAUCAAGAUCCUGCACUACGGCUCGUCCACGUUUGUGGGCCUGUACGCCAAGAAAACACCGAGGCACUCGGGAAAAGAGAAACUGUACGCCGUCAAAGUCCGCCACCGUUCCCCCGGAAGACUCUUAGACGAGUACCGCCGCGCAGCGAUGGCCAUCUCCUCGGUCGUCCAGCAUCCGAACGUCGUGCGCACCAUAGAGCACUGCUACAAUGAAAAAGGGGAUCUGCACUCCGUCAUGGAAUACUGCGGCGGCGGCAGUCUGCAGACCCUCCUUCUGCGAACGGGGAAGCUCUCCGCCGUGGAGGCGGACUGCUUCUUCAAGCAGCUGCUGCGCGGGGUCUCGUUCCUCCAUGGCGAGGGGAUCGUGCACCGACGACUGCGGGCGGAGAAUGUACUGCUGACUGUGAAUGGGGCGGUGAAGGUGGCGCAUUUCGAUAGUGCCGAGUGGUUGCCGAAGGACUCGCGACCGUUGCCAAAAGCGCAGCCCCCGUUGGAGCAGGUGCCGUAUACCGCGCCGGAGGUGCUGCGUGGUCACGAGCACGAUCCCCGGGCCACCGAUGUCUGGGCCGUGGGCUUGAUCUAUGCGUUUAUGCGGCUGGGCAUGCUCUUGUGGAAGGUGGCUAGCGACGAGGAUCGGAAUUUUCAGUGGUAUUUGCGGACACGGGAGGAUGUGGAAGGGUUUACUACUAUUGAGGAGUUUGGAAGUGAUCGCUGCUGCAAUGUGAUCUAUGCCAUGCUCGAUCCGAAGCCUGAACGCCGGAUCACAGCAUAUGAGGCCCUUCAUUCGGAAUGGAUUCAUGAGGUUGUGCUCUGCGCUGUGGGGGAGGCGGGAGAGUGAAUGCAGUGGCCAUAUACUGGAAGCCCACCAGUGGUCGGAAAGCUAGUUGCAUGAUGUUGUAGUCAACGCACGAUGAUAAUGAUAAUGAUUUAUUCUCUG